GGGAGUGGUUCCCGCUGCUCCGCCGCGAUCCCUGGAGACGCGAUGGGGAAGAAGCAGGUGGUUAGCGAGGCUCAGCAUCCUCCACGAGCCCUUCCACCUGUGCCGAGUGUGAUUCAAGAAAAUGUACCGCCUAGCCAUCCUAAGAAGAAGAAACCCAGAGCGAAAAGCACGUUAGGUCCUGCUUCUUCGGAAGACCUUGCUGAGCCUGUUGCUCAUAGGCGGUCUGAGAGCAGUGAACCACCAGCUGCGGAGCUCAAGGGACACCCAGAGGCUCCUGUUCCGAGGAGACAGAAGAAGAUCAGGCCGCCUCCUGAGUUGGAGACGUCCUUCAGUGAGAAGCCGUCCAGUCCAUCUUUACUGCGGAAUGAAAAUGGCAUCGAGGUGGAGCCGCCUGCGGAGGCCGUUCUUCCCAAACCGCGGAGGAAGGCAAAGAAAACCCAGCCAGCAGAACUACAGUAUGCUAAUGAGCUAGGCGUGGAAGAGGAAGACAUAAUUACGGAUGAGCAACGUACGCUAGAACAGCACUCUCGGUUCACGGCACCCACUGGCGUUAGCCAGCCUGUCGGCAAAGUAUUUGUGGAAAAAAGCCGGAGGUUUCAUGCGGCAGACCGUUCGGAGCUGAUAAAGACCACAGAAAACAUAGACGUGUCGAUGGACGUGAAGCCGUCCUGGACCACGCGGGAUGUGGCCCUCUCAGUGUACCGAGCUUUCAGGAUGAUUGGUCUGUUUUCUCACGGCUUCCUGGCUGGCUGUGCCGUGUGGAACAUUGUCGUGAUCUAUGUUCUGGCGGGAGACCAGCUGUCUGGCCUCUCCAACCUCCUGCAGCAGUACAAGCCCCUGGCAUACCCGUUCCAGAGCCUCCUCUACCUGCUCCUGGCUCUGAGCACUGUGUCAGCCUUUGACAGGACCGACUUUGCGAAAACCUCAGUAGCCAUCCGGAACUUCUUGGCCCUGGAGCCCACAGCCUUAGCUUCUUUCUUGUACUUUGCUGCUCUAGUACUGUCUCUGAGUCAGCAGAUGACAAGUGACAGGAUCCACCUGUACACGCCGCCUGUUAACGGGAGCCUCUGGGCAGCAGAAACCGAGGAGCAGAUUCUUGUGCCGUGGAUCAUCGUGAACCUGGUGGUGGCCCUUCUGGUUGGGUUAUCCUGGCUCUUUUUGUCUCACAGACCAGCCAUGGAUCUUAGUGAAGAGCUGAUGUUCUUCUCUGACGUGGAAGAGUACCCUGAUAGGGGAAUCCAGGCGUCUUCAUAGUGCCAACACCGUCUCUGCAGCAAAGACCACACUUCCUCGCUCUUGUUUUUAUAAGAUGUGUGCGUGCGUGUGUGUGUGUGUGUGCGUGUGUCUGUG